ACGAAGAAGACAACUACUUGUUGAGCUGCGAAUUACAACCCCUUCAGAACGACUUUUUACUUCGACAAGAUUAAACGGCGGUCAACGAAUUGACAACACACGUCUGGCGGGGCCCCCUGAACACAACAAGCGCAGCCGUAUCCCCCACACCAACGGCAUCGCUCUCCGCCAUGGCCUGUCUGUUCCUGCGAGGAGACAACGCGACGGCCCUGACCAUGGUCGGGUUCUGCAUCUUGGCCAUGUUUGGGCUGGUGCUCACCGCUGCCAAGUCCCACUCGGUAAAGCGUUUCCGGAAGCUCUCCAUCAUCGAGAAGGAGGAUGUGGAGCGGUGCCACGAGCGCUGGAUCGAAGCGGAGAUGGGACGAGAAACGCAAGGCGGCGGCCGUGCGACACGAAGGCGAUGGUCGUGCUCGACUUGCUGCGCGUGCGAGUCGUCGCCAGACUGGCAAGGCGAGGAGGAGCCGUAUAUGUUGGGCGCACUUGUUGUGUCGAGGCCUAUGGAGGUACACUUGUGGAUGGAAAAACUGAAGCUGGAUCCCGAGAUGUUGGAUGCUUCACGGGCCGAGCUUGGAAAUGGUAAUGAAUGCUCUGUUGCAUUCUAGAUCGACGCGGCGACGCGGGAUUCCGUCAAUAUGCAUUGGAGCUUGGUUCGGUUCCGCGGCCAUCUCAAAGCAAGGGCUUUGGACACUCGCCUGUUCUUUUCUUGCGAACGAUCCUCCAACAUCGGUGCAUAUAUGACGAUACUCACUGGAAAGGUAUGCUUUGCUUGGGCUUUGGAGUUUAUACAUGACAAUCGUGGACUUGACGAUUAUAUG